AUGAGGCUGGGAUUCGUCUGUGCUCUGCUUUCUCUCCUGGCAGGGCACAGCUGGGCAGACACCCGAGCCAUCGGGGCCGAGGAAUGCCGCCCCAACUCACAGCCUUGGCAGGCUGGGCUCUUCCACCUCACCCACCUCUUCUGCGGGGCGACCCUCAUCAGCGACCGCUGGCUGCUCACAGCUGCCCACUGCCGCAAGCCGUAUCUGUGGGUCCGCCUCGGGGAGCACCACCUCUGGCAAUGGGAGGGUUCAGAGCAGCUGUUCCGGGCCACAGACUUCUUCCCUCACCCUGGGUUCAACCAGGACCUCAGCGCCCAAGACCACAAAGAUGACAUCAUGCUGAUCCGUCUGCCCAGGAAGGCACGUCUGGGACCUGCCGUGCAGCCCCUCAACCUCAGCCAAACCUGCGUCUCCCCGGGCACCCAGUGCCUCAUCUCAGGCUGGGGGGCCGUGUCCAGUCCCAAAGUGCGGUUCCCACUUGCACUGCAGUGUGCCAACAUCAGCGUCCUGGAGCCCAGACUCUGCCACUGGGCGUAUCCAGGCCACAUCUCAGACAGCAUGGUCUGUGCUGGCCUGUGGGAGGGCGGCCGGGGCUCCUGCCAGGGUGACUCUGGGGGCCCGCUGGUUUGCAACGGGACCCUGGCUGGUGUGGUGUCUGGGGGCUCAGAGCCCUGCUCCGAACCCGGGCGCCCCGCCGUCUAUACAGCUGUAUGCUACUACCAGGACUGGAUCCAAAAGACCAUGAAGGACAUCUGAGCCCUUGUGCCUUGGACGAGCAGGACAGGGGCGUGGGCGCAGGGUAGGAGAAUUGCAAGACUCCAGUCUCAGUGGUCUCCGCCGUUGGCCUCAGCUGCUCUGGAGACGCCUUCUGGAUAUUCAAGUUCCCACCUUCGGGUAUUUAGACCCAGGCUCCAGCGAAAUACAUAGCCACGCCCCCUUGGAAGGAAAGAGGAGACACCUCUACCCCUCUCAGCUCCAUCCCUAUGACGUCACCAAGAACGGGCACUGACCCCAUGGAACAGCAUCACCUGUGGCUCCACCGGAGUAAAGACAUCCACUAAAUAGCUCCUCCUCUCCGAGC